AGUAAAUAUAUAGUAAAUCUUGUGUACGACUGUGAAUGUACUAUAAAUACUUGAUGUGACUUAGUUCUUUUCAUAAUAAAACACUUUUAAUCUUUCGAAUUAAUUAUCAUGAAGACAAAGUCACUGUAUUUCUGCGUCCUAGCAUUCGUUUUAUGUUUUACUACUGUUACGGCUCAACAAGAAUGUCGCAUGUAUAGAACUUUUAUACGUCGGGGUCAGAGAGUAUGUCAACGUUUAUGUUUGCCUUCACCUCAAAUAAGAUGUUAUACUUCUAGAUUUGGCGAACGAAUGUUUCUUUGUCCUUCAGAUUGUUGUCGUGUGCGCAAUACAUGCAGACCCCCAUUAAUUGUUUAAAUAAAGCAAAUAUAUAAAGGGACGGUUUUGAAAUUAUAAAUUAAUCAAUAAACUACAUUUCAAUUAUAUUUUUCAAAAUUUUUACUAACUCUGAUUUUUUAUAUCCUACACCAUAGUGUGUAGGGUAUUAUGCGUAUUUAUGGGUUUGUGUAACGCACUUAUUUUUUCAAAUUUAUUUUUAGUUAAAAAUAUCUUAAAUAUCCCAAAUGAAAGAUUAAGAUAGCAUUCUAAUCGUAUUUUAAUUGUUAUACUUUUGGAUCUAAUUCUUCUCAAUUAGGCGAAUGAUAUUUAAUCAUUCAUUACAUGUUCCAUU